AUACAUCCAUUUAUGUAAGAGCAUCGUUAUUAAUUAAAGGCGAAAGCUUUAUAGAUUCUUUCCUGCGGCAGUACACAACUACAACUACUAAAUACUUGUGUAUUAACUUAGGUUUUCCGGAAGAUACAAACAUCUUACGUUCAGACAAAACAUCUACAGAUCAUUAUCACACACUCUUACACAUACUUAUACGUACAUGUAUGUCUGUAUUGUCUAUAUGUAUCAACAGCACAGAAACUUCUGAUCUUGUUUCCUGUCGCUCCAUCUCCAUGCCCCUUCUUCUUUCUCCGCCGUCAAUUAUUUAAGGGAUUGGAUUGAUUGUUUAAGAUAAUAAAUGGGGAAUAAAUUGGGGAGAAAGAGAGAAGCGGUGGAUGAGAAGUACACAAAACCACAAGGGUUGUAUCAGCACAAAGAUGUGGAUCAGAAGAAGCUUAGAAAGCUUAUUCUUGAUUCUAAGCUUGCCCCAUGUUACCCCGGUGACGAUGAUCACAAUGCCUUUGAUCUCGAGGAAUGCCCAAUUUGCUUCUUGUAUUAUCCAAGUCUUAAUCGCUCAAGAUGUUGCUCCAAAGGCAUAUGCACCGAGUGUUUUCUGCAGAUGAAAACUCCCAAUUCUACUCGUCCUACACAGUGUCCCUUCUGUAAGACCUCUAACUAUGCUGUGGAGUAUCGGGGUAUGAAGACAAAGGAGGAAAAAGGCAUCGAACAAAUUGAAGAACAACGAGUGAUUGAAGCUAAUAUAAGAAUGCGACAACAAGAACUAAAGGAUGAAGAGGAGAGGAUGCAGAAACGCCAACUUGUAAAUUCGUCAAGCAGAAGCAGAUCGGGGGAGAUUGAGUAUAGCUCAAUAGCAGACUCAUCAUCCUUUGUAGAAGGUGAGGGAACAAAUUCUCCUCAAUACCUAUCUGCUAUGCCAUCAAUGAGGCAGCCUUUACCCCCUAGGCAGAAUAGGGAAGAUGAAUUUGAUCUUGAUCUUGAGGAUAUAAUGAUCAUGGAAGCAAUUUGGUUGUCCAUUCAGGGGAAUGACAGACAUGGGAAUCCAACCUCCGGGGAUACUGCUCCAUUAGAACAAUUCAUAUCAGAGGAUCAAUGUGUGGCAGCACCAGUUGAGACAGCAACAUCUUCAUCGUCCCCUUCGGGUGGUCUAGCUUGUGCAAUUGCUGCUUUAGCAGAGCGUCAGCAAGGAAGUGAAGAUUCUUCCGGUAACUAUAACGAAAACACUUCGACGUUCAAUACGGUUCCUGUAUGCAGCAGCUUUUCGAAUAUAAAUGAGCCGGUGCAUCAUCAGUAUUUUGCAUCAAGCUCCAUCGAAGUGGCCCCCAUUAUAAGGGAAGAAUGGGGGACUGAAGUUGGACCGAGUUAUGCAGGGCAUGACGCAGCCGAAGAUAUGGUCGAGAACAAUAACUCUUUCCCAGAACAGGAUGAAAAUGGAAGUAAUUCUCAAACUUCAGCUGCAGCCGUUGUUCCCGAGAGCUUCGAGGAGCAGAUGAUGCUGGCCAUGGCAGUAUCGCUAGCUGAGGCUCGGGCCUGCACCAGUUCCCCUAGCGUGACAUGGCAGUAUUAGGUCUUAGAUCGAGGGAAUGUUGGAUUUUUCCGUCCACUGACCACACUCUUUCUGCUUCUCCAGUAUACAGGUCUGCAUAAUCAUGAAAGAGAAAGGUUGAUUGGUCUGUGUAAUCAUGUAAUAGAAAGGUUGAUUAUAAGUAAAUAUUAAAAUUUGUUCUGGUUCUGAUUCACAAA